UGAAGGCACGGGCGGUCAUAAAGGCACUGGAGUGCAGACGCAGACACUCUCCCUCCUGAUCAGUGUCUGAAGGAGUGCUUGGCUUCGUGUGGACCGCCAGGCUGCAGGUCUCUUCCCCACAGAUCCACUGACUGCAAAGUGGAGAGGUGAAACGGAGCAAUGAUGUUGGCGCACAGUCUCGCUCCAUCGACUGACGUACCCCAAACCACCGAUUAUUACCCAGACUACAAUUACACCGAUAACGGCUCCGUGGUGUUCCUGGAGGAGGACGAGCAGCAGUUCAGCAGCACCUUCUCAGGGGUCUGCCUCAUCAUCAUCUUCGCGCUCAGCCUGGUGGGCAACGGCUUCCUGCUCUGGGCCCUGCUGGUGCGGGAGGACCUGACGAAGCCCACCACGCUCUUCCUCCUGCAGCUGGCGGUGUCGGACCUGCUGCUGACGCUGUCCUUCCCGUUCUGGGCCGUGUACUUCCUGCACGACUGGGUGUUCGGGCCGGCGGCCUGUCACCUCCUGGUCUUCGUCUUCUUCCUGGGCUUCUACAGCUACAUGCUGUUCCUGGUGGCGGUGACGGUGGACCGAUAUGUGUCCGUGGUGCACGCCGUGCGGGUCCUGCGCCGCCGCCCCAGCUGGUGCGUCUGGCUCAGCAGCGCCGCCCUGUGGCUGGUGUGCGUCGCUGCAAGCAUCCCCGAGGCGGUGCACACGCAGACCGUGGAGUUUGUGGACGGGACGCUGUGUGUGCAGGCCGACCGACACCUCCACCUGCAGCUGCUGGGGUACGCCGUGCACAUCGGCCUGUUCUUCCUCCUGCCCGUCGUCCUCAUCCUGUUCUGCUACGCCCGCAUCUGGGCCACGGUGCUGCGGUGCCGGUCGGCGAGGCGCUACCAGGCCGUGUGGCUGAUAUUCGCCGUGGUGGCGGUGUUCGUGGCCUGCUGGACGCCCUACAACGUGGUGCUGGUGCUCGGGGCCCUGCAGGACCUGGGAGUCUCGGCCCUCGUAACCCCCGCGGCCAAGCAGAAGAUGGUGCACGCCUACUACGUGUGCCACACCCUGGCCUGCUGCCACUGCUUCCUCAACCCCGCCCUGCACAUCUUCUGCAGCAGCCGGUUCCGCGGCUACCUCUCCGCCUUUUGCCGCGGCAACUGGGGGAGGAGCCAGACUUACGACUCCCAAAACGGCGCCCGGCGAAGCACCGUCUCCCACCAGACAACCGUGUGACUGGAGAAGUAUUUUCAUUUGCCAUUUAGAGCCGCAGUAAAGAGGAAGAUGAGUUGGAGACGCGCUGAAAUGAUUGCAAGACAAGGACUUUCACUUCUCCGGAACCUGCGUGGUAGAAAAGCCAGGGCAGAAUUUUUUUUUUUUUUCUGUUUUUCCAUUUUGCUAUUUUCUCAUAAAGAGCCACUUGCAUGCAUGCAUGUUUUAUACAUUAUUGAUUAAUACAGCCAGGGUAUUUCUGAAAGACAAGCCUGGUGCCUCCAUAGAGCUUAUUCCAUGUCAAGGUGGGACAAUUAUAUUAUUCUUCUGUUGCCUAUAUUCACUGAAAGGUCUCUUUCUGGGGAUGUGGCCCGUUUGGUUCACACCUGGUAAUGGCGGCCUGUAGCGUAGCGGUUAAGGUAAAUGACUGGGACACGCAAGGUCGGUGGCUCUAAUCCCGGUGUGGCCACAAUAAGAUCCGCACAGCCAUUGGGCCCUUGAGCAAGGCCCUUAACCCUGCACUGCUCCAGGGGAGGAUUGUCUCCUGCUUGUCUCCUGCUUGAUUUGUUGCACAAAUCAACAUUGCCUGGAACUAUCUUUAUUAUUUAGGGGGGGAAAAUAAGUAUAUUAUUAGUUUAAAGUGGCUAGCGUAACUCGGUGGACGAGCUUGUAAAUCCCGCAUGUAUGAAUGUUUGUAUAGCUACUCUUUUUCUUCUGCACUCACACUCAGAAAAUAUCUAUCGAAUGCAAAGAUCUGUAACUCGCAAAUAUUGUCAAUUCAACAGUCUUGAAGCGCAAGAUAGCCUUUAUUCCAAUGUGAUUGUUAACAGAGUAGCCUUUCUCUUUGAGCAAACGUCAUAGCAAAGAAGUGUGUUUACUGGGUAGUGAAUAAAACAUAUUUUUGUACUAUUUUAAAAA